UUUCUCUCCAAAAAGUCGAUCAUCAAAACUAGUCUACGCUGUUUACCUGCCUUGCAUAGCUUGCCUGGACCUCUUGACACUUCUCCCCAGGAUCUUCACGAUUUCAUCCUCCUAGUCUACCUUUGUCUACAGCCCAGCAUGUCUCGAAGAGCUGGUACAACCACUGCUGGCCAAGAGGAAACCGAGGUCAAGCCACAGAACAACGCACAGGAGAAACAGGCCAUGUUGUUGGCUCAAGACACUGGACAUUUCAGUAUGAUCAGGUACACAUCUAUCCAGGCCUGGGUGUAAGUGUACGCAAGUGCUGAUUGCUUAGGGCGUUGCAUUUGGCCGAUCUGAUCACCGAAAUGAACGGUUUCUGUGGAUGUAGGGCGCUGUCUCUUUCUACUCAGAUACAUACCUAACAAAUUGUCCCUCUAGUCAUGUCUGUCCUGUCUUCGAUGCGGUACUGUCUCUCCGAUCCUCAAGACCUGACGAACUUGUGGUUCGCGUUCUUCUUCAUGCCCUUCGGGCUGUUCUUCGACUUUUUUGAUGGCAAAGUUGCGCGAUGGAGAAAGAAGUCUUCAUUGAUGGGUCAAGAACUGGAUUCUUUGGCAGACCUGGUCUCGUUCGGUGUAGCGCCUGCUGCUGUUGGCUUCGCCGUCGGCUUUCGAACUACGGUCGACACUUUUUUCCUCUCAUAUUACGUUCUCUGUGGGUUAACUCGCCUUGCACGCUUCAAUGUGACGGUUGCCAUGCUGCCCAAAGAUAAGACGGGCAAAUCGAAGUACUUCGAAGGCACUCCAAUACCCUUUGCCUGCUUGACUGGUUCAAGCAUCCUCGCAACAUUUACUUGGAUGGGUCUGAUCCAUAACUCGAUACCUUUGGGUACAUUAUUCACGGGAACGGCCUUGGAAUUUCAUCCAAUUGCAGCAAUGUGGUUCAUUUUGGGCAGCUUGCAGAUAAGCAAAACAAUUCAUGUGCCAAAGCCCUGAUACCAGCAGGAGGCCUAGCCCUGGAAAGGUGAUAGACAUUGGAAAGCUAGCUCCAAAGACUCGUUCCGAUAUACUGAUAUACAACGAUGGUUUCCAACAGAAAGGUUCGCCUGUGAGCACUCAGUAGUAACCAAAUGAUACACGGAGCGACAGUGUUUUACUUUAGACUCGUUCUUGUUUUUUCAUGACGAAUUCAUUUACAAUGUGCUUGAAUCCCUGCUCACGAGUUGUUUGGCUGAUUUUUGGGCGUAAGCAAAGGCUAUGUGGGAACAAGGGAACAAGCAUCUGUUAUUGGAAGGCAACACUUUCCUCUUUCAAAGUACAAUUGCUUCAAGAUUACUCUAUACAC